AUGAAGAUAGUUUUGGUGAUACUCUCAGCAGCAACUCUCCAUUUUUCAUUGUCUUUGGGUGAUGGACAAGUGCCGAAUGGCAACUUCGAGUACGGUCCAAAGCCAUCCCAGAUGAAGGGCAACAAGGUGAUAGACCCUCACGCCAUACCCCAUUGGGAGACCUCCGGUUACGUCGGAUACAUAAAAUCGAGCCAGAAACAAGGGGACAUGCUUCUAGUGGUUCCGGAGGGAGCCUCGGCUGUGCGCUUAGGCGACGAUGCUUCCAUCAAGACCAAGCUCAAGGUCAAGAAUGGCAUCUUCUAUUCCAUAUCCUUUAGUGCAUCAAGGACUUGUGCACAAGAGGAGAAAUUGAACGUGUCGGUUGCACCUAAUCCUGAACCCAAGGACUGGGGAAUUUUGCCAAUCCAAACAGUCUACAGUAGUGAUGGGUGGGAUUCAUAUUGCUGGGGUUUCUUGGCUUACUCGGACGAGGUUGAGAUUGUGAUCCAUAAUCCGGGACUCGACAAAGUCCCAGCCUGCGGUCCACUCAUUUAUUCGGUGGCACUCAAGGCUCUAUAUGCCCCUAAAACACAAAGAGGCAAUUUGUUGAAAAAUGGCAACUUUGAAGAAGGGCCAUACAUCUUCCCCAACACUAGUUGUGGUGUUCUAAUCCCACCCAACAUUGAGGAUGACCACUCUCCCUUACUUGGAUGGAUGUUAGAGUCCCUAAAGGCUGUGAAAUACAUUGAUUCCGAUCACUUUGGGGUGCCUAACGGCAAACGGGCAGUUGAACUAGUUGCUGGAAGGGAAAGCGCCAUAGCACAGACAGUUAAAACCCGUCCCGGAAAAAUAUAUGAUUUAAUAUUCUUGGUGGGAGAUGCUAAGAAUAGCUGCCAGGGGUGGAUGAUGGUUGUGGCUACCGCAGGCAAAGAGACUAUUCAAGUUCCUUACGAGUCCAAGGGUGCCGGUGGUUUUAAACGUGCGAGGCUUAGGUUUAAAGCCAUAUCACGACGCACUAGGAUAAGGUUCCUCAGUGAAUAUUAUCAUAUGAAGAGUGACAACUCGGGUUCACUGUGUGGGCCAGUGAUUGAUGAUGUCAGGCUGAUAACCGUUCCACGCCAUCCUCGACGAACGUAA